AUGUGGAGAGGGCUCUUAAUAUUUCUACAGCUGCUCACGCAAGGUACACUUAUUGCUGUAGAGCUGGCAGUGUGGUUCUUUCUGCAAAACCAGUUGGAGACAAUGAAGGAAUCAUUGGCCAUGGUCCAAAACACAUACACCAGCAUCAACGAAGCAAGGCAGAAUAUGAUAAAAGAAGCUCCAGUGGAAAUGUCAUACAGGCACGUUGUCAUCACCGAAUCCUUCAUCAACAACCUCGACCAAGACACCGUGCUCAUGCUCGACAUGUUCCAAGCGAUGCAGGAGAACAUGAGUGCAGCAACAGACAUCUGCAAGAAAAUCAUUCACGACCACUAA